GCCCCGAACUGCUCCAACGAUUUCAGGUGAGCUAGUUGCACUACGACCAUAUUGAGACCUCCGCCCAUCCUUGCUGCUCGAGGACAAUUCCUCAACAAUUCCUCUGUGUAGGAGUCAAAUUUUCAUGGCGAUCUCGACAGAACCUGAAGAACUUGACAAGAUAGUGGAAGAGCAGGAUGCAUACAGCUUUAUUGCUAGUCCGUUUCAAUUUGAUCUCCGUGUUACGGUUUUAAGAGCAUCAGUAAUCACAUCAUUCAUAUGAAUUAGAACAUUUUUCUAAGGAUAAAAGCGGCUCGGCCUCAGACGUCCGAGUCCUCCGGGACUCCUUCAAGUUCAAGUUGUAGCUUUAGUUCGGGCGUCGCAUUCAGCCUCCAAGCUUCAAGCCACGACCAAGCUAGUUUAUCAGACGUUCAACGGAACUUCAGAUCGUGCAUUCAUAUACAGACUGUCUCAGUCUCAUACAUAAACCGUGUUCAAAGUCAGAGAAAUAACUCAUGUAUCAACACACACACGCACACACCCACCAAGAACUUGUUGGUUAUUGCUCAUUCCCUGAUGAACUGAAGGGAGAAGAUCUUGGCAACCUCUUGUAUGUCGAAAUCGUUGGAACGAAGAAUUGUCUGGGAUUUCAAGGGGUUUAUUCCACUACCAUAGAACGUCAGGAAGAUGAAGUUGUUAUUGAAGCAGCUGCUGUACGAACUUUUAUAUCCGAUUUCGUGACGACAAUGACCAUACACCCUGACGCUCAGCAAAAAUCUCAAGCUGCAAUAGACCAGCUCACUGGUGGAAUAGGAUUGCAGCGUUAUAUAUCGAAGAAAUUUGCCUACAGACCUUAUGAUGGAGUCAAAUAGCGCCAUGAAUAUUGGAUCAUCGCAUCCACACAGCAAAUUAUUAUAUUAUCGCCCAAAUGAUGGUUCCAUAAAUGUAGGUACAGCCGUUUUUUUUUUUAAUACACCAUUGUCUUUGCCAAUAUUGGUACGCUUAUUGUAGAUUUAGAAUGCUUCAAGUUUUUCACCUUAUUUAGGGCUAUGGCACACAUGAAGACAUAAGAACCUAUGCAUUCCAGACCAGAAAGAUAGGGACUACUUUGGACGUGAAAAGUAUUUGACGUGUUCUCUGUAGCGCUUUAAGCUACAAAUGCCGAUAACGAGCGACUCU